AUGGCAUCUAAUCCUCCCGAUGGGGACGCCUCAACGGCACCGCCCUGGGACGAAUACACCCACCCCAAUCGAAGCAAAGGAGGCCGCUUCCGCUUCAAAAGCAGCUCAUCCCGAAGCACAAGACACCACGACCGCGACAAAGAGCACCACCACUCCUCUCAAGAUGACCACAAGAAGCGCCGCAGCAGUCCCCACACUACCAAACACAAAGACGAAACCCGCCCCUCAAAACGCCGCCACAGACACCAUCACUCCCGCGAACCAAACACCGAUCCCACCCAACAACCCCCUCUCUCCCCAAGCGCCGCCUUCCGCGAAUCCCUCUUCGACGCCCUAGGUGACGACGAAGGCGCCGCAUACUGGGAAACCGUCUACGGCCAACCAAUCCAUAACUACGCCGUUCCCGAAGUGCCCAAGGGACCGGACGGGGAACUGGAACAAAUGUCCGACGAGGAGUACGCCGCGUACGUCCGCUCACGAAUGUGGGAACGUACACGCGAGGGAAUGCUAGAAGAGCAGGAACGGCUUCGCGCGGAACGGAAGAAGUCGAGACAGCGGGAGAAAGAGAGUGGUCAGAAAGAGCGGGAGCGGUGGGCGUUUGAGAGGGCGAUGGAGGAGAGUUUGAGGCGUGGAGCUGAGAGGAAGAGGAGGAAGAAUUGGGAAGUGGUUUGGAGGGAGUAUCUUGCUAGUUGGGAGGAGAUUGGGAGGGUUGUUGAGAAGGGUGCUGGUGAGACGCAGACGGAGACGGAGUCUAAAGAGAGUUCCAGUCCACGACUUCGCAAUUUGCUCUUUUGGCCUGUUGAGUCUGGGAAAAGACGGGAUGUUAGUCCGGACUCGGUGGAGGAGUUUAUGCGACAUGCGCCAACGGAGGAUUUACUGGCUACGUUGAAGAUGGAGCGGGUGCGUUGGCAUCCGGAUAAGAUUCAGCAUCGGUAUAGUGCGUUGGGCAUUGAGGAGGAAGUUAUGCGCAGCGUUACGGAAGUUUUUCAGAUUGUGGAUCGGAUGUGGAGCGAGGAGAGAGCGCGAGCUUGA